AUGGCGAGUCGACUGCGUCGUAGCUUUCGACGAAGAUCGUCCAAUACUGGGACUAUUAAUGGUAGCUCAGAACAAAAACAAAAACACGAGACGAACGGCGGCUGUUCGACGGAGACCAAUGACGCACAUGCACACAACGAGUUGGAGUUGCCGUCUACAGCAGCAACACCGCAAGAACCCAGACUUAACCUUAGCCGACCACCGACUGUCCGACGCGUGACAUCUGGAACCUUGCGAAAGGACGACAGUAUUCGUCUCGAUUACGAUUACGAUUACGAUUACGAUGUUCCGGCGGGUACGUACAAGCAAUGCGACUGUGGCAGCGACGGUAGCGACGAGGAAGAAGAUCCAGGACUUGAAUCUUCGUCCAUAUCCAGUCUCGAAGGCGAUCAGCAGAAACAACAACCAGCUACUAGUAGGAGCAAACGCGAUCCUGAAGCCAGGAAAGUUCAGGAAAUCUUUGCCACCUUGUCUGACAUGGAUAGGGAAACUGCAGCGCGGACAUCCUGGAAGUACUACAACGAAGUGGGCCAACGCGACAAUGUAAUCGAUAUUCGGCGCCGAGAUGCCUUGGCCCGUGCUAUGAUUCAACGACACUUGGCUCAAGAGGGAGGGGAUACAGCGGCGACGAUUAAAAGCGUACAUGCCACGCUUCAGGGUCGACGCGACGAGAAACUGGAUUGGCUUCGAACGGCAUGGCACCCUGCACCAACUUGGAGUCCUGAACGACAAGAGUUUAGCCAAAUGGUCCGCGCCACCAUGAGUCGAUGGUUGGGUCCGCAUGGUCGAGUUUGCAUCUUGGAUUAUGACGACGAAGACAGAUGCAACUUUUAUCAUAAACUCAACAUCUCGACGAGUGGAACACGAUACUUUCGAGAAGGUGUGCUGUACUCGGCUUCGUUUAUGCUUGAAAAGGCCAUUGCUUGUUCGGAACGACGCAGUCAUGGCCGCCAAACCCAAGUCAACGUGGUACUGGAUUUCCGAGAAGUGAAUAUGCGAGACAAGGACAAGACACUCCCCAUUAGCAUAGCGUUGGAGCUUGUGGAUUUGAUGAAGAACCAUAAUCCACAACGCCUGUAUACGGUGUAUAUGAUCGAUGCUCCCUUCCUGGCCCGGUUUGCUUGGCCCAUCUUUCGGCCGUUUGUAAAUCACAUAGUCCAGGGAGGAAUCAAGUUUGUCACGGGAAAACGACAAAUCAUCAAGGUGUUUGGUGCCAAAAUGCUGCACUACGACCGAGCCAGCAACUUGGAUAUGGACAAGUUCUACCAGUUGCCGUUUGAUCAGGCCUACGAAGAUGUCCACGGAAGUGCUUUGGAGUAUUGA